ACGCGCAAAGUGCUCGGAUUUCCGUGCCUGAUAGACCGUCCACAAAUCUUACGAUUUAAGUUCGUCAUGGGUUGCGCAUAAGUGCAUUCCGUCAAAAUGAACUAUGCCAAAAAGAAUGAAUAAAAUGUUGCACGUGAGAUCGGUAUGACGGAUUUGUGGUUAUUUUCAUAUUGUAUGCGCUUCGGCGACUUGUCGGUUCGCGCGAGUGGAGGGUCUCGAAUGGCGCUUAUGUGUAAUCACCGGGAGUGCAAUGCUAACAAGUAGUCCAGCUGACUCUGACAAAAUGGUAGGGUACUCGCGUUGUCCUACGGGAGGUGAUAAAUUUUUAUAUACAUAAUUGAAGCGCCUCCGCUGACGGGGUACGAUGAGUACUGAUAACCAUGAUCAAACGAAGCCCUGCGUCAGCAAACCAUCCGCAAGAAUCGAGCUUAAUGCCGACGAAAGUGCGUUCGACGGCAGGCGAAUUAAGAAGGAACGAACUGACGUUUCGCUUGAAAAUGGUGAUGGUAGCAUCAGUACUGGCACUAAUGAUACUAAUAAGCAAGUACAGUCGAGUCAGCGACCGGCUGCCGGCAGAUUUUCAAACGGCUUCCACGACGACGACCUACUUCAAGAUAUCAUCGCGGCCAAGUUCACGGCCCUGGCAAAUCAUAGCACAACUACUAAGUACGACAAAAUUCGGCUCAUGAUCGAAGAUAGCAUCAGUGAUGAAUCAAAAACACGUAUUCAAGAAAUCUUUUCACAAAUUGAACAAUUGAAAAUAGAAGAAAAAUUAUUGUUGUACCUGAAGCUUCCAUUAUCAUUGACUAAUACUGGAGGAACUAUUGAUCCUUUGAGACAGCCAUUAAAUCCAUUAGGAAAUCGUUAUGAAAUUCAUCAAACUAUCAUGUGGAUUAAAACACAUUUGGAAGAAGAUCCAGAUGUUUCUUUACCAAAACAAGAAGUUUAUGAUGAAUAUAAUAUGUAUUGUAUGCGAAAUUCUAUGAAACCUCUAUCAACUGCUGAUUUUGGCAAAGUUAUGAAACAAGUAUAUCCAAGAGUUCGACCACGUCGACUAGGCACACGUGGAAAUUCACGUUACUGUUAUGCUGGAAUGCGCAAAAGAGUUAAAUUGGAUUCUCCAACAUUGCCUAACAUAUCUGGCACUCAAACUGGUGAUGAAGUAGAUGAAAAUAUUACUGAAGAAAUGUUGGGAGCUGCAUCUACAUUGAUCAGAGAAUGGGCAGAAAGUCUCUUAGGUUUGAAAUUUCCAACUUUGAGUGCCUUAGCACGUCAUCUUGUUGAUAAUGUGUAUGUUGAUACUCAAUCUCUAUCUGCUAUAUGCAUAUUAUGUGCUUCAGGAAAUUCUAAUGCAUCAACAAAUAAAGAAUCAAAUACAGAUAUACGUGCAACACCUAUAACUGGAAAAUCUGGAAAGCUUAGAGAAGCACAAUUACAAUUGCAACGAAAACUACAACAGCGAGAACAUAUAAGGGAUCAAAAACACUGUCAUCUUGAUGCUAUUAUACAGAAUCAGAAUAAAGAGAAGACUGUUGAUAAUAAAACAGGGACAAAUAAAGGAAGUAAGAAAACUAAAUUCAAUCAGUCAUCUCAAGGUACAAAUGUAUCAAGUGGGCAGAAUACAUUAAAUAAAAUGAGUUCAUCUGCUGUAAUAAAUCGGCAGAAGAAAAUUCUUAAAGCUAGUAGUCAGCCAUGUAACAUCUCCCUGGAAUCCAACUGUGAUAAUAUAGUGGUACAAUCAAUUGAAGAAAUACAGAAUAAUAGCAACCCUAGUGUAGUAAUGACCAACUGCGUAAAUAAACAGAGAGAUAUCAAACCUAAAAAUUCCAGAAAGCGUGCCAAUGUAUUGAGUCAACCAUCAGAAACAAGUCCUGAGAAACAAACAAAACUUACAGAACAGCAGAUACAAGAGAAUGUAGAGCAUUCCAAUAUGUUGUUGCCUAAACUUACAUCUAUACAACGUCCCAGGAAGAUUUCAGUAAUACUAGCUGGUAAUCUGAAGCCUACCAAGUGUAAAACAAAUGAAGUUAAUAAUCAAUCUAUUAAAAACUGUGAUAAUGAAUCAACAUGUUCCAAAAGUUGUAUAAAAUUGAAUGGUUGUCGUACUAGUUUUGAGUCUAGUUCAAGUGCAGAAGAAUCUACAAUUUUAACUAAAGAUCAAAUUCGAUUAUUGCAAGAAAAUUCAAAUCUUGCAGAUAAAACUGAAAAACUUGGCUCUAUUGAUUCGGAUGCUUUAGAUGAUUAUUUGAAUGGAGGUAACAACUCUCAAGAACAAGAGGAGGAAUUAUUACAGUAUUUUCAACAAAGCAAUUCAUCGAGUUCAGAUGUGGAAGCAAACACCAUUACUAUUGAUGAACAAAUAUCAAGAUCUGAUAAAGUUUCUCAAUUGAGAUUAAUAUUACAACAGAAUUUAAAAGGAGGAACUGUACAUGCACCUGAUGUAUUACCUGCUACUAUCAUUAGACAAAAUGUUGAAAAACGUGAAAUUACUCAAAAACAUAAUUUAAUAUUACCAACUUUAUUAAACCAUUCGAAUCAAAAUAAUACCAGACGUAGAGUUAGUUUUGAAACAAAUGUUAUAGAACAUGUCCAAGAUUCAAAUACUAUUACUAAUACAGUUCCACAAAGUCCUAAUACACGUCGUCGAAUAUUUAAUUUUACACCAAUAUCGCCGGGCCCACAUUCUCCUAUUAAUGGUCGUGCUUCCAAAUCUAACUCUGCAAAUGCCAGUCCAUUUGUUUCACCACGAAAUACACCUGUGCCACGUUCGAGAAGUAAUUUGCAAGCAAGUAGUUCUAGAGCUCGUGUUCAUAAAUCUUUAUCACGUUCAAUAUCUUGCAGUAUGCCUUAUACUAGUAAAAACGAUACCUUUGUUGUUCCUACAAGUGGUCCGGAAUUAGUUAGACAAACAUCAUCUACACCGCAAUUACCGUUAAUUUCUACUAAAUCAUCGGAAGUGCAAGUUGAUAGUAAUUCAACUCAAAUUUCAGUUACAAAAAGAGAAGGACAAGGAUCACAGUGUGCUGCAUUUUUAUCUUCUGAUUUAGCACCUCAAAAGCAAUUACUUAUUAAUUAUCCAAGUCAGGAAAAUUUGCAAGAAAUUAAAAAUGUUUAUCAAAAAAAUCAACCUGAUCAAGAAAUUAGUGAAUUAUUUCAUAAUAAUAAACAAUUUACCAAUGAACUUUAUAGAUCACAAUCAGUUCCAUUACAUAGAAUGGUUAAUCCUGCAUUAAUGUCACCUAUUUCGACACAACAUUGCUUAUCGUCUUUUCAAAGUCAGAGUUUUAAUCCAUCUACAAACAGUUCUAUAGCACCUACACCGGUACCUAGUGAAUUCAAUGAUUUUGGAUCAAUGAGUCAAUCAGAAGGACCCUCAACAUAUUUACUUGAUGAUGUUGAUCCAAAUUUUAUAUCGGAUGAUCAAAAUUUCUUAAUGAGUGAUAAAGAAAUUACACCUGAAAACAUAACAAAUAUAUUAAAUAUUUUAGAUGAAGAAGGAACUCAGAGUUUGCAAAUUAUACCAGAGCAAUCUACAGAAGAAGGAUUAAUGGAAAAUAAUUCAAUAGUGCUAGAUGGUUUACCAAAUUCCAACUUAAACUUAUCAGAAGAAGAUAUGUUAGAUCCAUCAAAUGUACUUGAUAUUCCAGUAGGUGGAGCUUUACAGAAAAUAAUACAGUCACGCUCCUACCCUAAUACACCAUUACCUGUGCCAGUAUCAACAUAUACACCAUCUUAUACGGAAGAUAGUAAUGGAUCAAGAUCAUAUCCUUCCACGCCAUUGCAUACUGUUCAAUCACAAGAAACGUAUCAGGAAACUAAUGAACCUAUGCUUUCAAGUCCUACUUUGAACUCUUUAAAUUUGCACAAUGAAACUGCUAAUGAAUCUACUUCUAACAGUUUGUGUAGAAAUGUUGUGGAUUUGCUUGAAGCUAAUUUUCUUGGAGAAACUGAUACUGAAACAAAUGAUUUAGAUACACUUGGUAAUUUUGAUGGAUUACAAGAUGUUGAUUCAUUGACACCUUUGUUUAAUGAAGUGACAGAGCCUAAUCGUUGAAAUAUGCAAAAUAAAUACAUGAAUUAUACAAAAAUAAUUCAUGAAUUUUUUGUGAUUUUGUAUAGUGAUCUAUCAAAAGUUGAGAAAAUAAUUUUUAAAUUGUAUGCAUGACAACAUUCUAUAAUGAUAAUAAUACUUUGUAUAAAUAUUCCAUUUCAAUAUGCAAAGCAUUAUAGUGGCAGUAUAA